CCUCCGCGAGGGCGGGGCCGGGGCUCUAUGCGGAAGGACCGGUGCCCAGGUCAGCAGGAGAGCUCACCCCACCGGCACCCGUGCCCAAGCCCACCCCUGCGAAGGCAGGCAAGGCUGCGGGGGUGCUGCCUGGGACCCAGUGACUCAGCACCCCCGCCCAGAUCAACUGGACUUUUGGCCCCUGCUCCGCCAGCCUCCUGCUUGGAUCUCUCCUGGGUCUUACUGCGGCACCUGCCCAGGAUGCAGGGAGCUUGGGCUCCCAGGGACCAGGGCCAGUCCCACAGCAGGAUGGGCGCUCUGGACCGGCCCUUGGUCAUCCUGCUCACCUAUGUGCUGGCCACCAUCGAGUUUACCUGCCUCUUCAUGCAGUUCUCCAUUGUACCAGCCUCCCAAAGUGCUGGGAUUACAGGCGUGAGCCACCGCGCCCGGCCGAUCUCAAGCUUUUUCAUGAAGGAGAGAGAAGGCAGUUUUACCUCAGCAUCUCCGUUGCCACGUGCGGAAACAUUUCAUCGGCAAAGUCACGCUAGUUUGCGGUACCAUUCAGCGGCCUGGAGCACAGUGUGUGGCUCUGACGCUUACCUGUCUCGGAAACUGGGCCUGGAUUCCAUUGCCUUCGGCUACCUGCAAACCAUCUUCGGGGUGCUGCAGCUGCUGUGUGGGCCGGUGUUUGGCAGGUUCGCAGACCAGCGUGGGGCACGGGCAGCGCUCACCCUCUCCUUCUUGGCGGCCUUGGCACUCUACCUGCUCCUGGUGGCCGCCUCCAGCCCAGCCCUGCCUGGGGUCUACCUGCUCUUCGCCUCCCGCCUGCCUGGGGCACUCAUGCACACGAUGCCAGCCGCCCAGAUGGUCAUCACCGACCUGCUGGCACCCGAGGAACGGCCUGCGGCCCUGGGCCGGCUGGGCCUCUGCUUCGGAGGCGGCGUCAUCCUCGGCUCCCUGCUGGGUGGGACCCUGAUCUCUGCGUAUGGGAUUCAGUGCCCAGCCAUCCUGGCUGCCGUGGCCACCCUCCUGGGAGCUGUCCUCAGCUUCACCUGCAUCCCCACCAGCACCAAAGGGGCCAGAACAGAUGCCCAGGCUCCACCACCAGGCAGCCCCUGGGCCAGUGUGUUUGACCUGAAGGCCAUUGCCAGCCUGCUGCGGCUGCCAGACGUCCCAAGGAUCUUCCUGGUCAAGGUGGCCUCCAAUUUCCCCUCAGGGCUCUUCAUGAUCAUGUUCUCCAUCAUCUCCAUGGACUUCUUCCGGCUGGAGGCUGCCCAGACUGGCUACCUCAUGUCCUUCUUCGGGCUCCUCCAGAUGGUGACCCAGGGCCUCGUCAUCGGGUGGCUGAGCAGCCACUUCUCAGAGGAGGCGCUGCUCCGCGCCAGUGUGCUGGUCUUCAUCGUGGUGGGCCUGGCCAUGGCCUCGAUGUCCAGCGUCUUCCACUUCUGCCUCCUGGUGCCCGGCCUGGUGUUGAGCCUCUGUACACUCAACGUGGUCACCGACAGCAUGCUGACCAAGGCCGUCUCCAGCUCGGACACAGGGACCAUGCUGGGCCUCUGCGCCUCUGUGCAGCCACUGCUCCGAACCCUGGGACCCACACUCGGUGGCCUCCUGUACCGCAGCUUUGGCGUCCCCAUCUUUGGCCACGUGCAGAUUGCAGUCAAUGUCCUUGUCCUCCUGCUCCUCUGGAGAAAGCCUGUGCCCCAGAGGAAGGACAAAGUCCGGUGACCGCUGCCCAGACACAGACUGGCAAUAAACUCUUAAUAAAUCCCUCCGA